GAUCCUCGGCCCGAAAUCCUUUAUUCCCUAAAGACGGAUCCAUAAUUAUCCAAAAUCUAUAUUUGCAAAUCGCUGUAGUCUACUACUCCAUCAACAUGAUUGAAACAACAAAUUGCAGUAAAAUCACCGCAUUUUCUUAGAUUCUACUACUCGAUUGUUUACUAAUUACAAGAUUACUCCUGAUUCGUUGAAGAAUGAAUGUUCGAUUUUGAAAAUUUGGAGAAAAAAUGAGUGUAAAAUGUAGGGUUUGGUGGCCUAAGGAACUUUUAUCUUCGCAACAAGCCAAAUCUUCAUGCAAUCUUUUGUUAUUUGGAUGGUUUAUCUCUUCGUCAUCAUCUUCUCUUGAUGUUGUAGUAGCUUUCGCUUAUUCUGAUGACUUUCUUUCUCUUCGUACCUCUGAUUCCUCCAUUCAGGAAGCAUUGGAUUGUGCAAAUAGAAGAAUGCCUGUCACAUUACAGGAUAAGUCUAGUUUGACUGUUGUUGGUUGUUGUGUACUGCCAUUUGAGAAUAUGGAUCCACACAAUCUGGAUAUGGUUAACCAUGAUCACAAUUUACACUUCUCUAAGCAUGCUGAAGGCUCUGUGCUCAACGGACAACAAUCUUCUCUUAAAAAUCCCAAAAAGUUAAGCUGUGGGUGCCUUGAUCAUGAUGGUUUGUUAAAGCGAUACAAACAUGCUUCUCUUUGCAGCUUGACUUGGAUCCACCUUGUGCAUGAUGCUUGCAGUUUCUCUUCAAUUGAUAUAGGCUGGUUUCCCAUAUUGGAUCAUCUCCAUUUGAACGGAAAACUAGUGCCUCAGGCUGAACUCCACGUUAUAAUUUGUGAAACUCCUAGAUAUGGCAGUCAUCAUUUUGCAACAAACUUUUGUAGUUCGAAACUCACAAAAGGUUCCCUUAAAAGACCCAAGUGGGUUGAUGAACUCUAUCAGAAACCUCAGCUUAUAGAUUUGGACUCAGUUAUUCUGGCAAUUAAUUGUUCUGCUGCUACAAAUUUGUACUUUUGCAAAGAUCUGGGACUCCAGAUUUCUUCCCGGAAGUCACUGCUAUACAUGUUUUUCAACUUCAUUAGGAGAUUUUGGGCAGCUGCUGUGGCCACCUUUUCCACAUUUCUGUAUACAGUUCUUCAGUUAUUCAACAAGCUUGCUGGACGUGGUUCAAGGUUUUGGAUGUGUACUGUGUUAGCUAAAACUUUCAGCUAUACAUGGAAAAAUAUACAAGUUCGAUGCCACCAGAUUCUUUAUUGGCCAAUCUUGCUUGGUGAUCCUGACCAUAGGUCUCAAGCAUGUGUUGAAUAUGCGGAGAAAGCUAGGUUACAAAGGCAUUCGUUGUGGACUGCUGCGGUCAUUGAUGUAUUUUUGGGGAAUCUGGUUGGAUUUGCAUUGCUAUUUCAUGCAGAAGCUGUUCAUAAAUGGUUUUCAACUUUUGCUAUUCACUUUGUUGAUGAUGUUUUGAGGACUGGGUGUGUAUGGUUGAUGGGAGUACCUGCUGGUUUUAAGCUAAACACAGAACUUGCAAGGGUUUUGGGCAUUAUUUCACUUAAUGCUAUUCAGAUCUGGUGUACCUUGUGGUUUUCUGCUGCAGACAUCUUUUCUUAUGUUAUUAAGGUCGUGACUUUGUCGGGGAUCCUUCUUGGCUUGACUAUUCCUGUGGCAUUUAUCACGGAUAUGAUUGCAUUAGCAGCGUUCCUUGUUUCAACACUCCAUUACCUGAUCUCUCUCUUGUAUUCACUUCAGAUUCAAGCAUUGACAGCUUUAUGGCGCCUUUUCAGGGGUCGCAAGUGGAAUCCACUUCGUCAGAGGUUAGAUAGCUAUGAAUACAGUGUGGAGCAACAUGUUGUUGGAUCUCUAAUGUUCACGCCGCUGUUGCUACUGCUGCCAACUACAUCUGUCUUCUAUAUAUUCUUUGCAAUUGUAAACUUAACAAUCAUCUUCUCUCUUACAUUGAUAGAGAUCAUUAUAUAUUUUAUUCACAGUACACCUUACAGUCAAAUCCUAAUCUGGCUAUUGAGGUCAAAGAGAUUCCCUUCAGGAAUCUGGUUUGAUACAAUUCACUACCAGAGUGCUUCUUUGGUUGAUGGGUCUUUUACCGUAUCCAUGCCACCAAGCAAGAGUAUGCCUCAAGGCAAUCAUGUGAAUUCCAUGCAGUCUCUGCCUCUGCUUUCACUUCUUUGCAGCAAUAUUUUCACCUUAGGACAAGUAGUCUUUCCUCACUACAAGAAUAUCUACAGUGGAUUUUAUUUACAAACUUUGCGGUCUGCUAUGUCAGGCAUUCUCACAGGAAAAAGUAUAUCUACGACGCGGUGUUCAGAGAAUUCUCCGAAAAUGCCUUGGAUGUCCAUACCAUACAAAGAUUAUUGGUACAUUUGCUACAAUGCAGUUCUAGCCAAUAUGCAAUGACCACCAUUGGGAAUAUUCGGGAUCCUGUAAUGUCACAUGGCCAUUGAAGCAGUGUUCUGCAGGAUUUUGCGCGUAACAUUGAGUUUUCCUCCAGCCUUCGACUUUGUCCUUGGGGACGCUCAUCUUCUCCUGCAAACUAUACAAGCACGGCCUCAAAGCUAGUUUUCCAUAGUGCAUGGUUUGAGAAGUUGGGAUGGACAUUCGUGAAUCAAUUUUGUAGCUUUCGAUUUUGUUAUAUGAAAUGACCUGAGAUUCUGAGAAGUGAGAAGUAAUGUUAGUUUGAGCCUUUGUUGUAUUAUAUGCAACUAAAAUUUACAAUUUUAAUUGCGAAGUGAUUGAUAAAUGAACGAUUAUGUUAAAA